AUGGUACUUUCAGAUCUCGGACGGCGUAUUAACGCCGCAGUCUCGAACCUUAAUCGCGAACCUAACCUCGACGAGAAAGCCUUCGAUGCUAUGAUCAAAGAGAUAUGUUCGGCUCUUUUAUCAGCCGAUGUGAAUGUUCGACUGGUCAAGAAUCUUCGAAAAUCGAUUCAAGGCGCUGUAAACUUCAAAGAUCUACCACCGAAUACGAGUUCCAAUAGUAAGAAGCGACUGAUACAACAAGCCGUCUUUGAUCAUCUGGUUCAACUAGUCGAUCCUCAUGCCGAACCCUACAAGCCCAAGAAAGGAAAGUCGAACGUGAUAAUGUUCGUUGGUCUACAAGGUGCUGGAAAGACCACCACUUGUACGAAAUUGGCCAGAUACUAUGCACAACGAGGAUUCAAAGCUUGUCUAGUUUGUGCGGAUACUUUUCGAGCGGGUGCAUAUGACCAAUUGAAGCAAAAUGCCACGAAGGCAAAGAUACCAUAUUAUGGCUCAUUGACCCAGACAGACCCUGCUGUCGUUGCAGCCGAAGGAGUUGCCCGGUUCAAGAAGGAGAAAUUCGAGAUCAUUAUUGUGGACACUUCGGGUCGACAUAAGCAGGAGGCCGAUCUUUUCGCCGAGAUGGUUCAGGUACAAAAAGCGAUCAAACCGGAUCAGACCAUCAUGGUACUGGAUGGGACCAUUGGCCAAGCGGCCGAAGCACAAUCAUCCGCCUUCAAGGCGACAGCGGAUUUCGGUGCAAUUAUUAUCACCAAGACGGAUGGCGGUGCCGCCGGAGGUGGCGCCAUAUCAGCGGUCGCCGCAACCCACACGCCAAUUAUUUUCCUGGGAACCGGUGAGCAUAUGAUGGAUCUGGAAAGAUUUGCCCCGAAGCCGUUCAUUUCCAAGCUUCUAGGCUAUGGCGACAUGUCUGGGUUGAUUGAUCAAAUUCAGUCCAUCACGAGAGAAUCGGCUGGAAUGAAAGAAACUCAAAAGCAUUUAGCGGAGGGUAUCUUUACGAUUCGAGAUAUGAAAGAACAGAUUACGAAUAUCAUGAAGAUGGGUCCGCUCUCGAAGAUUGGGUCCAUGAUACCCGGUCUGGGAAGCAUGAUGCAAGGUAUGACCGACGAAGAUGGUCAAGAGAAGCUCAAGCGCAUGAUUUAUAUCUUCGACAGUAUGACGACGAAAGAACUUGAUUCCGAUGGGAAAAUUCUCAUUUCACAACCGACACGAAUGGUGAGAAUCGCUUGCGGGUCUGGUACCAGCGUGCGGGAUGUUGAAGAACUUCUUACACAACAUAAAGUCAUGAGUGGGCUUGCUAAAUCAAUGGGACAAAGCAAGAAGAAUAUGCAGAGAGCACAGUCUAUGAUGCAAGGAGGGAACAAAGCCCAGCAGAUGGCAGCCAUGCAAAAACGGAUGCAAAGUUUGGGCCAGGGACGUGGAAACUUCCCUGGAGGAGAUAUGGCAAAGAUGAUGAGCAUGUUAGGAGGUCAAAACCCCGGUGGCAUGGAUUUGAAUGCCAUGAUGAGCCAGUUCAUGGGCGGUGGUCGAGGUCGCGGAAGGUAG